AAUACCCUUUUUUGUUUCUAUUUGGAGCAAUUAGCCAAAUCUCUGUGAUUUCAGCUCCUACUCAUCUUUUCCAGUUCCAAUUUGGUUGAAUUUAGGAAACUAUUUUGUUGAAUUGCAGUGAAUAAUUUCUGAGUUUUUUUUUUUUUUUAAUUGGGGGUUUUGUUCUGAAACUUGUUUCCCAGCAGAUUGGAGAGUUGGGGAGUUUUAUCCUCUCCAAGUUUUAUGGUGACGUAUUGCAAGUGAUACGUCUCAGUAAAAAAUUGGGGGUUUUGAAUUUUCGUGUCGUAGAAGAAGUUUUUCCGUCUUGUUUUCGAAUUAGUAUUGCUUUUUUCUCAUUUGUUUUCUUUAUCAUAUAGCAAUUUGUGUUCAGAUCCAAAUCAACAUCGACUGAUUGAUUCAAUGUUGUCGCUGAUACUUGAUCUUGUUUGUUUCCUGCCGUCUUUUGUUGCAGAGAAUAAAGUGUGUUUGUAAAGCCCGAUUUUUCGGAAGUUGAUUUUGUCUGAGUAUGGGAUAUCUUUGUGAUUUCUGUGGGGAGCAAAGAUCGAUUGUGUAUUGUCGGUCCGAUGCAGCUAGUUUAUGUCUGUCCUGUGACCGCAACGUCCACUCUGCGAAUGCCCUUUCGAAACGACACUCGAGAACACUUGUUUGUGAAAGAUGCAAUUCUCAGCCAGCUUCGGUUAGAUGUAUGGAGGAGAGGGUGUCUCUUUGCCACAACUGCGAUUGGACGGGGCAUUCCAGCUCGAGCACGAGUAGUGCAAAUAAAAAGCAGAGCGUUAAUUGUUACUCUGGAUGCCCCUCGUCCGCAGAGCUAUCUCAUAUUUGGUCGUUUCUCUUAGACGAUCCUUCAGCUGAGGGUUCCGCCUGCAAACAGGGGUUGGAUUCAAUGAGCAUUACUGAUAUCAAGCAAAGGGAUUGCCAAGAUAACUAUAGUAGCAAAGGUGUUGUUACCUUGCCUUCGGAAGCCAGCAACCUUAGUAAUGUGGGCAUGGAUAAAGAAGCAGAUUGGAUGGAGUUGUCAGCGUCAAUGCAGAAUGCAGGCCUGUUGGCUGGAUCUACUCACUCGGCCAUGCGCAAGGUCUAUGUACCUCGUGAAGAAGGGAUUGCUGAAUGCAAGGAUACUGAGUUCUAUGAUAACUUCAAUGUGGAUGAAAUUGACUUAGGCAUUGAGAACUAUGAUGAACUUUUUGGUGCUGCCCUGGACAAUCCUGACCGACUUUUUGACAAUGAAGACAUUGAUGGAUUGUUUGGGCCACACGACAUGUCCUUUUCUGAUUGUCAGGCUGCUUACCCCGCUGAGGGAUCGUCUGUUGGAGGAUUUAAGAUGCCACCAGCAUGCAGCAAUGCAGCAUCUGCAGAUUCGGUUGUUAGCUGUAAGACUGAACCUAACAUAUGUUUCAUGAGGCAAGCACACUCGGGUCUCUCAUUCUCCCGCCUUACUGGAGAGAGUAGUGGUGUCGACUAUCAAGACUGUGGUGCAUCGCCAAUGUUAAACAUGGGAGAUCCACCAUGGGGCCUUCCGGGUCCUGAAAGCGCGAUACCUCCCUCUUCCAGCAGGAGCGAUGCUGUCAUGCGUUACAAGGAGAAGAAGAAGACACGAAAAUUCGAGAAGAAAGUGAGGUAUGAAACCCGCAAGGCCAGAGCCGAUGUAAGGAGGCGCGUGAAGGGACGCUUCAUCAAGGCCGGUGAUGCAUAUGACUACGACCCGUUGUGCAAAAGCAGAAGCUGCUGAGUAUAAUAAACCUUCCGCGAGAUCAACUAAGCUACUGCACGACAUCAUAAAAAAUAAAUGCAUGAAUCCGCCCUUUGCAGUGACAAAUGAUCUUGCAAAUAAAGCCUGAUGGAGAGGAACCGUCGUAUCAGAAUUCAGAAACGAGGUUUACCAAGCCACGUUGAGAGAUAACUCCGACCAUCAUCGGAAAAGAUACUCCCAUUGUCGGAGGCAGCCGCAGCUUUACUAAAUUUGUUAAUACUAUUAUGUUAGUUACUUAUAUAUAUAUAUAUAUAUACUCUGAUUUCGUCUUGUUUGAUUGGUGUGGGGAACAUGUAUAGAGCAUAAGUCUCCCAUUCACACUUUCUUAGCAACAUUUAUUGCAUCAAACUGUAUUUAAUGUGUUAGUUGAUAUCUUGGCCGAUGAGAUCUUAUCUUGUGUUUCUUGGUUA